CCGGAAGGAGAGAGGGCGGAGCGCCCCUCAGCUGGGACAUUUAAACGGCGCAGAGCGGCGCGGCGGGGGAGCGCGGCGGCCGAAGAAUGCUUACGCCAGGCUUGUGCAAAAGCACCACAGCGGUCGAUUCCGAUCCUAUUUAAAUCAUGUUGCACAGAAGAUACAGCUGGAAGAGAGUGGCCUCAAUGACUCUAGUUCCGAUGUAGAACCCUCUGUGAAGAGAGGCAUGACGAGAGAAGCUCUGGCAAGAAAUGGCUUGAAUGCACCUAGCUAUUCACCAAUCAAGACAGCCCAGUUGGAGCAGCUUGUGCUUGUAGGAUCUGAGAAACUGAAUGAAGAUAAAACCCAAGGCUUUGCUAACAGAUGGCCUCAUAAAAGCGAUCCCAGCAUUGACCGAGAUGGAGACCUUGAGCGAGAGGAAGAUUACCAGGUAAAACAGCCUGGAGCUGAAGCGGACUUGUUAAAAGUGAGUGAUGCCUUGGGUGGGAGAGGAAUAUCGAACAGUCUGAGGCCAGGCAUUUCUCUGCUGAAAUCUUCUGGGUCUGAAGAAAAGGAUGAAGAGGUGGUAUGGAAGAACAAACAUAAGAAAAGGAACCCGUGUCCUGCCAACCUGGACAAAGCGGAUGAGCACUUGACUGCUGAGCAGUUUAGUAUGGAUUUGCCUUCAGCCAAUGCCAGGAAAACCAGUCAUUUGUCCACUGGUCAAAUUCAAGGUGGAGACAAGAGAAGUUUUGCAAGAACCAGAAACAACUCAGAAUCAACCAGAGUUCCCCAGAACUUCGAUAGGAAGAGGCAACUCUCUGAAUCACAGGCAGAAACAAUGAACAAUUCAGACUGUCGAAUAAACCCUAAAAAACUGGGACCUCCCAGAGGAGAGCCCCAUGCUGCUGCUUCGACACCAGGGGAUAGGAAGAAUCGGAGUAAACCCAUGAGAGGGAGGAAGAAGAAUGUAUUUGAAGCCUACAUGUCAAGGGAAGAUGUUGCAGCAGGAUUGAAAAGGGGAGAGCUUAUCCAGGGAGCCCUGAGAAUAAAUCCUAAAAAAUACCAUGAAGCCUUCAUUCCAUCUCCAGAUGGGAUUCGUGAUAUCUUUAUCGAUGGCAUGGUUGCUCGUAACAGAGCCCUAAAUGGUGACAUAGUGGUCGUGAAACUGCUUCCCAAGGAGCAAUGGAAGGUAAUAAAGCCAGAUGGCAAUGACAAAGAAACAGAAGUGACACAUGAAUCAGAUGUCCCCGAGGAGCUGUUGGGGACUUGCCUUCCUCGAGACUCAGUGAAAGGAGAUGCUGAUAGUCCGGAUGUCAUUAUAGAGGCUCAGUUUGAUGAUAAUGAUGCAGAGAAUGGACAAGAGAGCUCCCAGAAUGGACUGGCUGAUGGCAUUAAGAAACUUGCUGUGGAUACCAGUGAAAAGGAGAUUGGUUGUGCAAAGCAAGAAGAUGUCUCCAAGGUAAAUGAUCCAAAGCUUCUUCCAGAGAAGUUUCUUCAAAGGACAGCAAAGGUGGUCUGUAUCUUGGAGAAGAAGCAUUCCAGAGCAGCUACGGGCUUCAUUAAACUGCUGGCAGACAAGAACAGUGAACUCUUCAGGAAGUGCGCCAUGUUCUCACCUGUGGACCACCGAGUACCUAGAGCCUAUGUGUCUCUGGCAGAAUGCCCUCCUGACUUCAUGAUCCAGCCUGAGAACUACUCCAGUACACUCUUUAUCUGUCGCAUUGUGGAUUGGAGGGAAGACAGCAACUUUGCAUUUGGGCAAAUGGCCAAAAGUCUCGGGCAGGCUGGUGAGAUUGAGCCUGAAACAGAAGGAAUCCUGAUGGAGUACGGUGUGGAUUUCUCUGACUUCUCCCAAGACGUUCUGGAAUGCCUUCCCCAGAGCCUGCCCUGGACCAUCCCACCAGCAGAGUUGGCCAACAGAAGAGAUUUAAGGAAAGAAUGCAUCUUCACCAUUGAUCCAUCAACUGCCAGAGACCUUGAUGAUGCCUUGUCCUGCAAAGAACUUCCUGAUGGAAACUUUGAAGUGGGUGUUCAUAUCGCAGAUGUGAGUUACUUUGUUGUGGAAGGAACCGCGCUGGAUCACGUGGCCAGUGGAAGGGCAACUAGUGUCUAUCUAGUGCAGAAGGUCAUCCCUAUGCUCCCCAGACUGCUCUGCGAGGAGUUGUGCAGUCUCAAUCCCAUGAAAGACAGACUGACGUUUUCUGUAAUGUGGAGAAUGACUCCAGAAGGCAAGAUCCUUGAUGAAUGGUUCGGGCGAACAGUUAUCUGCUCCUGCGUGCAGCUGAGCUAUGACCAUGCACAGAGCAUGAUUGAAAAUCCUAGGAAGGUUUUUGAGACAGAAGAGCUGCCUCCCAUUUCUCCCCAACACCCCAUCGACGAAAUUCACCAAGCUGUCCUGAACCUCCAUCGAAUCGCCACACAUCUGCGCAAGCAGCGCUUCGUUGAUGGUGCUCUUCGUUUAGACCAGCUCAAGCUCUCGUUUACAUUGGACAAGGAAAGCGGGAUGCCUCAAGGCUGUUAUAUCUAUCAGUAUCGGGACAGCAACAAGCUGGUGGAAGAAUUCAUGCUGCUAGCGAACAUGGCGGUCGCCCAUCAGAUCUACCGCUCCUUCCCACAGCUGGCUUUGCUGCGCCGCCACCCGCCGCCGCAGACCAAGAUGCUGAACGACCUCGUGGAGUUCUGUGACCAGAUGGGGCUGGUGAUAGAUUUCAGCAGUGCCGGGGCCCUGCAUAAAAGCCUGAAUGAAGUGUUUGGUGCAGACAGCUACGCGGAGGCCAGGAAAGAAGUGCUGACCAGCAUGUUCUCCAGGCCAAUGCAGAUGGCUCUUUACUUCUGCGCCGGCACCCUGGCAGACGAGAGCCUCUUCCACCACUACGCCCUGAACGUGCCGCUCUACACCCACUUCACCUCGCCCAUCCGCCGCUUUGCCGACAUCCUGGUGCACCGGCUCCUCUCCGCCUCGCUCGGCGCAGGACGCCCGCUCGGGAGGAGAAAGGAGGCCAUCCAGAAGCAAGCGGAACACUGCAAUGAUCGGAAAAUGGCUUCCAAGAGGGUGCAGGAGCUCAGCGCCGACCUGUUCUUCGCCGUCUUUGUCAGGGAGUGUGGCCCGCUGGAGUCCGAGGCAAUGGUGAUGGGCAUCCUGAGCGAGGCCUUCGACGUCCUGGUGCUGAGAUUCGGAGUUCAGAAACGCAUCUACUGCAACGCUCUGCCGCUGACCGGCUUCCGCUUUCAGAAGGUGGGGAAGAAGCCCGAACUCACGCUCACGUGGGAGCCCGAGAGCCAGGAGCCGGAAGUGACCUCGCAGACGAUCACCAUUUUCACCCUGGUGGAGGUCGCCCUGACGCCGGACAGCGGCCCCCUGAGGUGCAGCGGAGGACCCUAG